AUGCAACCCACUCAAGGAAAACCUCCAGCUGUGCCUCCACUAGCAAGCCCUACAACUGUCAACCUAAUGUCUACGCAAUAUACUAUUCAACCAACAGUUUUCUCAGUUACAUCUGGUGGCAGUCCAACAGUAUUGCCGACAAUUUCAGCAGAUCAACUGGAUUCGCUGGGACCUGUAUAUCCGUUAACGCCACCAACUCCGUCUGCACCGCCAAUGACACCCUCUUCAAGUAUUUCCCCAGAAUUACCGCAUAUGGUAGCAGAAAAUUCACCAAUUGCAUUAGCAGCAUUUAUGCCUCCACCGCCAUAUUCUGAGCUUCCAGACGAUUUGGAUGCAAGAAAUCUAACAAGCUUGUCUGAUAAAAAUAAUGUCGACAAUAAACGGCAAUAA